AUGUCGUUCCAUCCUCAUCCUCUGCGUCCGUCGCGCACUGCCGACCUCGCUCCUCCCACCAGCUUUAUGCAUAGCAAAAACAGUAACAUCAACACAUCUACUAGUAUUUCCAACCCCAACAUCAACCGCUUCCCCUCGACAACCUCGUCGUCCGCGUCUUCGGGAUACUCCUCCACAUCCGACCACAGCGCCAACACACAAUACUCUUCAGUAUCGAGCGGCUACGGCUCACCCGCCGGCUACAAGCACAAGCGUGGCCAAAGCGAUGUCCUAGCUCGAGCCAGAACUUUCGAAGCAGGGGCCAUGAACGGCUUCAACAGAGGGACGGAUAAUCCUCCUGCCACACCUCCUCGCCAGUCUCUUCGACCACUCCCUCAAGCACCGGCGUCCUCACCUAGAUCUGCUGGUCAUGGUGGUUCGCCUCAGCCCUCGUUCAGACAUGAUCGUGGAAAGAGUGUUCCCGAUAUCAGCAAGCUAUCUCUCUCUCAAUACGAUGGCGCGGCGGCUUCGCCUACUUCUCCGCCGCGACCACUGCCAAUGCGACCCAACUCGAUGCUGCUGACCCGAUCUGACUCUAUUUUGCAAAGCAAGACGCCAAUGUCACAUGGUAACUCUCCACAAGGGAGUCAUACCACUCACAUCGGCAGACCCGACCUCGAGUUGCUCGGACGGUCCACAACCCGUGAACUUCGUACCUUGUCGCGACUAGCCGAAUCGGAUGUCGCAGAAGACUUCACUAUCAGAUCACCGGCACAAGAGGUGGUUGGUUUACGAGGACGACGACGAUUACAACGCGCCGAUAAGCCCAAUGGCGCUCGAGGCGCCAAAUCCGGCGGGUACGGAUGGGAGGGCCGAAACUGGAUGGAUAAGCAGCGACAGUUCCUCCAAGCCUACGAGUAUCUUUGCCAUAUAGGAGAGGCUAAAGAAUGGAUCGAGGACGUCACGCAAAAGACUCUUCCACCGAUUGUUGAGCUGGAGGAGGCUUUGCGGGAUGGAGUUACCCUUGCCAACGUCGUGGAAGCGUUGAAUCCGCAGAGACAUUUUCGGAUAUUCCACCAUCCCAAACUUCAAUUCCGCCACUCAGACAACAUUGCCAUUUUCUUCAGAUAUCUCGAUGAAGUCGAGCUUCCCGAUCUCUUCCGGAUUCGAACUCAUUGA